GCCACAUUCACUCCUUCACAGCCCAUGAAAAGACUUGUCGGUAACCAAAUCCAUCUAGUCGCAUACUACCCCUGCGCAACCAAACCUCCUUAAACUCAACUCUCUUCACACCAAGAUUCACUCCACGUAAAACAAGCUCACUUACACUAAGAUUCCAAGCUAAAUCUACAUAUUCAUGAGGUAACAAGAGCUUUGUUCUAAUGCAUGCACAUUUAUUUAUUUAUAUUAAAGCUCCCCAAGUAGAUUAUUACAGUGUUUUUGUUUCAGAUCUUAUAAUAUCUGAUAGUUCCACUUAGUUUAUGUGUUCUUUCAUUCUGUAAUAAACCCUGAUAAGUGAUCAACUAAUAAAAUGCUGAACCGGCCGGCUUUGUCUCGGACAGGAAGCUUUCGGGCAGAAAACUUAGGCCAAACUGCCUUAGCAUUGAUUAGUAAUCUAUGUUUCACUAUGUUUGUACUUGUUGUCUUGAUUUUCACUGUAAUUGCGGCUACCUAUAAGCCCGAAGACCCUUUAUUUCAUCCCUCUAGUAGGAUCACUAUGUUCCUCACCUCGGACUCGAAUGCAACUUUUGUAGCGGAUAGUACUGUUGUUAGGACUGGUGAGGAUUUUAUGGCGGUUAAUCAGAGUGCAUUUGGGGGUUUUAUUAAUGUUACGGAUGUGGAUUUGGGGGUUCCGUUGAGGGUUGAUGUUAAUGCGGAUGAGGUGACUGCGUUUGAGUGUGAGGGGCAGAUUGGGGCACCGGUUGAUUGUAGUGAUCCGGGUGUUUUUCAUUUGAUGAUGACUUCUGCAAUUGAGCAGUUUAGGGAUAUACAUUUUUAUAGGUUUGGGAAGCCUGUUAGGGGGGAUAAUGAUAGUUCGUGUCAUAUGGCGUGGAGGUUUAGGCCUAAGGAAGGGAAGGCAGCCGCGUUUUAUAAGGAUUAUAGGAGUUUUGUGAUUGAUAGGUCGGGUAAUUGUACGUUGAGUGUGGUAGGGAUAGGGGAGUAUCAUUCAGGUGGGAAUGCUAGGAAGAGGAAGAAGAAUUUGAGGCCUGGUUUUGAGAAGCCUCAAGCAGAUCAAGAACAAAGGGCUGUUGUUCCUGUUGUUGGAGAGGUUGUGAGUGACGCAUUGCCUGCAAUUGAGUCCGAGGGGUCGUUUAGUAGUGGGAAGUACUUGUUUUACACAGGGGGCGGAGAGAGAUGCAAGAGCAUGGAUCACUUUUUAUGGAGUUUCACGUGUGCUUUGGGCGAGGCUAAGUAUUUGAAUAGGACCCUUGUAAUGGAUAUGAGCAUUUGUCUGUCCUCGGUUUAUACUUCCUCCGGUCAGGAUGAAGAAGGGAAGGAUUUCAGAUAUUACUUUGAUUUUGAGCAUUUGAAGGAUUCCACUUCUGUGCUGGAUCAGACUCAGUUUUGGGUCGAUUGGAACAAAUGGAACCAGAAAGACGGACUAGCUCUCCUCCCUGUGGAUGACUUUAAGAUCACACCGAUGAAGCUGGCAGGGGCGCAAGAAACUCUAAUCAUGAGGAAAUUUGGCGCGGUGGAGCCAGACAAUUAUUGGUACAGGGUCUGUGAAGGAGAUGCAGAAUCGGUUAUUCAACGGCCUUGGCACAUGAUAUGGAAAUCUAGACGUUUGAUGGAGAUAGUGUCAGCAAUUGCUGCAAAAUUGAACUGGGAUUUUGACUCUGUUCAUGUUGUCAGAGGGGAGAAGGCAAGAAACUUGGAACUCUGGCCUAAUCUUGCUGCGGAUACUUCCCCAGAGGCUCUGAUAUCAACCUUGCAAGACAAAGUUGAUGCAGGGAGAAGCCUGUACAUUGCAACUGAUGAAUCAGACACCACGUUUUUUGACCCUCUGAAGGACAAGUUCGCCACUCAUUUUCUCGACGAAUACAAAGAUCUUUGGGAUGAGAACAGUGAGUGGUAUUCUGAGACCAUGAAGCUCAACAACGGGGUUCCGGUAGAAUUUGAUGGUUACAUGAGGGCAUCAGUUGAUACAGAAGUUUUCUUGAGAGGCAAAAGACAGAUUGAAACCUUUAACGACCUUACCAGGGACUGUAAGGAUGGUGUCAACACUUGCACUUCAUCCAGCUAACCACUGAAUUUGUCGACGUCGUCGACGCUGCGGUUCUUAAGAUAGCUCAUCUAAAUCUAAUACAUGUUCUCGGAAUCUUUUACCUUUGAUGAUGCACUGUUAGGUGCUCUGUUUCCAUUUGUUGAUGAGAGUAGUGCCUAUUCUAUGUUCACUUUUUUUAAA